AUGCAGCCCCAGACCCCCCCUCAGUUUGGGGCUGUGUACAUGCUAAAACAAUUAGUGAUGGAUUGCUACCCACCAGCGGAACAAAGAAUCCUGACUAAGAUACAGGCGUACUUCAAGCUCGGGGAUGACGAGGGCGGGCUGCUGCAGACGGCGUUCGUCCUCAGCUACAUGCUGUUCGCGCCCUUCUUCGGCUACCUCGGGGACCGCUACAGCAGGAGGUACAUCAUGGCCUUCGGUGUCUUCCUCUGGAGCCUCACCACUCUCAUAGGCUCCUUCAUGGAGAAUUACUACUUGUUUUUAACGUUUCGUACCUUGGUGGGCAUUGGAGAAGCAAGUUAUUCAACUAUAGCACCCACUAUUAUCAGCGACCUUUUUAUUGAUGAUAUGAGAUCCAAAAUGCUCUCAUUGUUUUAUUUCGCCAUCCCUGUUGGAAGUGGGCUUGGCUACAUCAUAGGGUCUGAAACUGCCGAACUAGCUGGUAGCUGGCAAUGGGGCCUGCGGGUGACUCCAGUCCUCGGAGCAAUUGCUGUACUCCUCAUUUUAUUUAUUCUGGAUGAUCCUGUUAGGGGUUCCGUCGAGGGCGUGACAGUACAUCGACCUACCACUUGGAAGCAGGACAUUCUAUCUUUACUAAAAAAUAAGAGCUUCAUGCUUUCUACUGGUGGAUUCACAUGUGUCGCAUUCGUAACUGGUGCAUUGGCAUGGUGGGGUCCACAUUAUAUUCUUCUUGGAUUACAUUUACAACCUGGAAAUGAGAACGAUCAACUUACUAGUGUUUCGUUCAAGUUUGGUCUGAUAGCGAUGUUUGCUGGUCUCAUCGGCGUGCCACUUGGGUCCAUACUAGCGACACGCCUGAGACCCACCAUUCCAAGGAUCGAUCCCAUCCUUUGUGCCGUCGGCCUUCUCGCCAGUGCUCCUCUAAUUUUCGCCGCGAUAUAUGUUGUACCUCCACCCAGAAGAUCAACAGCUGAAGCAUUUCAGAUACUGUUAUCUCAUGCUCUGGGCGAUGCUGGGAGCCCUUAUUUGAUCGGAGUGUUGUCUGAAGUUUUUAAACGGAGUUUGAGUGGGACUCCUACUCUACUCGCACUGUACGCACUCUCCUCCUCAACGUUACCGUUAACGGAUGUCUCGCCUGAGCUGCAGUUCAAGAGUUUCCAAUAUGCUCUUUUCACUACUUGUUUUGUCGAGGUUUUAGGAGGAUUCUUUUUCCUAUUGGCAACGUUAUACAUCACUGAAGACAGGGCUAAAGCUGAAGUUGAUGUAUCAGGGAUCGAUAACCCUGGAGCACCAACGCAUAUGUACGCUGAUGAUCCUGCGCUAAACUGCAGUGUUGCUAACCUGACAACAUAG